AUGUCAACGCCGACACUUCAAGGCCUGCCGCCCGAAUUGCUCGAGAUGAUAUUCCUGCGUAGCAUGAGUCUUGCCCUACCACAAUGCAGCCCAGAUCUCGGACGCAAGCUAUCUUCGAACAAAAUGUACAUGGACUUUACAAUGAACGCAUUCUUCCACACCGUCGAUCACAAGACAAACCACCGGGACCGCAUCAAAACAUCUGAUCCAAAGCUACAAUCCGAUCUGCUCAACUGCCGCUUCUUCACCUUUCCCUUCUUUCUCAAAUACGUGGACCACGCACACACCACCAUGGUCAAUCUGCGCGGCAAAGCAUGGGCAAACGCCAGCGUCGAAGUCCCCGGCGUCCGAGAAUUCGAUGGCUUGUGGCCGUUCCAAUUCACCAAAAUCCCAUAUCUGAGUUUCGCAGAGGGCUUCUUCGUUCCUGAGAAACUUCUGCGCGGGCCGUGGACAAAGGACAAGGCGUCGCUGUUGUAUGUCCUCGUGUCGCUGAACGGCGAGAUCGACUGGGCAGGCAGCUUGAGUGGAGAGACGGCGAAGAAGGGCAUCAGAGAGGCGGUGAGAGAGGGGGAUGAGUACGCGGUUGCUGCGCUGGCAGUGCUCUUGGGCGUGUCGAAAGCGCUGACGACGGAUAUGUUGCGGUUCGCGGUUAUAGAGUGUGAGUGCAGCGUCAAUAUUCUGCGGCACCUGCUCUUCAAUGCGCAGAUUUUGGCGAGGGAUACAACGAGAGACACGCUGAACUUCCUUGAUCCGAGGCUGUGGGCUUGGGCGGAUGAGCAUGACGACAGAGUUGUGCUUAAAGAUAUGCUGCGGAAAGCCGAUGCUUUUGAUCUGGAGUUUUACUUUGAGGAAGAUGCGGAUUGGAGAAAGAUUGUACCGUUUCCGUACGGUGGGAGCAAGUUUGACACUAGGACGGCAUUCUCUGAUAUCGUGAGAGAGUUGUUGAUCAACUUGUACCGUAACCAUGGACGCAAGAUCACAACGCGUAGAGGGAGACGAGCCCACACAGACACAGGGGCGAUAGAAGUUGAGUAAAGUCACAAUGGAGAAAGUUGAACAGUGUAACAAAGCACAUGUAAUUGAGUAACUAUUUGAC